GAAAGAUAUACCUAAUUUGAGAACUUCACCUGUCAGAAACAGCCUGCCACCAUGUGAUUUCCAAGUGCCAAUAAUCUACAUCAUGGUGACAAUCAAUCUCCUCUUCAGUUAUAAAAGCUCCCAGUAGUCUCAAUUUUUCAAGAGAUUCCCACAAGCCUCUCACCUCUUCAGUAACCACUUCAUCAAACCCAACACCCUCAAAAUGAAGACUGUCUUCUUCAACAUCGCCGCUCUGGCCCUCACCAUCUCUGGCGUCUUUGCCAAUCCCGCCCCUAACAGAAUGGCAGUUGACAUCUCCGAGCGCGACGGCGUUCUUGAAGUCCGCGAGGUUCCCCGUGCCGAGGCUGGCAUUCAGUGCAGAGAGUGUGUUCAUCUUGGUGGUCGCUGCACUAUUGGCGAUGGAAGCUGCUAUGCUUCUGAGCAUGCUAGCUGUCGCUGGUGUGGCAAUAACUGCAAGUCUCGAUGUAUUGGUGAUGGACAGACUUGUGAGCAGUGGUGUCUCUAGGUCAUCACAGACAGAUUGGUAAAGACUUGGUCUUUACGCUCAAUUUACAGACACGGACGAGUAGUGAGGCAAGGAGAACAGUAUCAACACUCUUUCAUUGUAACAGAAACUUGGAAACGGGCUAGCUAGCUUAGUACAUUCGCUUUAUUGAAGCUAUUGUUACAUAUCUCAUCACAUUAGUCACUUAUGAUCCUGAUAUUCGACUUAUAAUACCUUCUUCCAAUGGGUCAAAAGUAAAAGGUUCCGAGGUGCUUAUAGGAUACUUAUGCAACUGCAAUAGAAUAAUUAUAACCCUAUGCCUAACCUGGCUG